UACAUGUGUAUACAAUUAUACAUGAAUUUCUAUUCUUAUCACUGUGAACCGCAAGAAGCAGGAGGAAUUUCUAUCUUUGGGGCUGGUCUCUGAUUGUUUGCUCGUAUACAAUAUUUUCCACAUUUCCUUUGAUCUUCUACGUCAAGAGGACAAAGACUACGUGCUCAUUUUCAUAUUUCUUUUCCUGUUGCUGCCUUCCAGCCCUCUACAUUAUUUUUUUUUACUGCCAACACAGAGGGAUUAAGAGAGGAGUGACAGGAUUCAAAAAGGGAAGACCUGCAGAAAUUCCUGUGAUUGGCGUUAUUUCUGCUGCCAUUAUCGCUGUGUGAGCUGAUCACAGCGAGCGCCGUGCAAGAUCUGAGGACGCAGCAGCAGACACAGAGAGUGCCACGCCGCUCGGCUCUAAUUCAGCCCUAGCCAGCAUGCACAAACAUCACCACUGCUGCAAGUGCCCAGAAUGUUAUGAGGUGACCCGUAUGGCUGCAUUGCGUAGAAUGGACGCCCCGACGUAUGGAGGAGACUGGCAGGCCGAGCCCUAUGGAUACCCGCCAGGGUAUGGGGGAGGCCAGACCUUACCGCCUCCAGCAUCAGGAGGAGGAGGCGGCGGCGGAGGUGGAGGAGGCACUUUGGGGAGAAGUAAGGGCAAGAUUAUGUCAAGUGGAGGCCCCGGAGGCCCCAACCCAAAGGGCCAGUCCAAGGGUGGACCCAAAGUAAAUGGCAACAACUCGAGUGGACAAGGAGGAUGGUGGCCUGAGUGCACCUGUACCAACCGGGAGUGGUACGACCAGGCCAACCCUCCCCCCAUCAUCGUCAACGCAGACUCACUGGAUGCAGGACCUUAUGUAAAUGGAAGUGAUGGGAUGUACAAAUAUGAAGAGAUCAUUUUGGAGAGGGGAAACUCUGGCCUAGGCUUCAGCAUCGCAGGAGGAAUAGACAAUCCCCACAUUCCUGAUGAUCCAGGAAUAUUCAUCACCAAGAUUAUCCCUGGUGGAGCAGCUGCUAUGGAUGGAAGGCUGGGCGUUAAUGACUGUGUGCUGCGUGUGAAUGAUGUGGACGUGUCCGAGGUGGUUCACAGCCGGGCGGUGGAGGCCCUGAAGGAGGCGGGGCCAGUGGUGCGGCUGCUGGUUCGACGAAGACAAGCCCCACCUGAGACAAUCCUGGAAGUCAACCUGCUUAAAGGUCCCAAAGGGCUAGGAUUCAGCAUCGCUGGAGGAAUUGGAAACCAACACAUCCCAGGAGACAACAGCAUUUAUAUCACCAAGAUCAUAGAAGGAGGAGCUGCACAGAAAGACGGACGGCUGCAGACCGGAGACAGACUGCUCGCUGUGAACAACAUUGUUCUGCAGGAUGUGCGUCACGAGGAGGCGGUGGCUGCCCUGAAGAACACUUCUGAUAUGGUUUACCUCAAGGUGGCCAAGCCAGGCCCUGUGCAUCUCAACGACAUGUACGCGCCUCCAGACUAUUCCAGCACCUUCCCCACCUCGGUAGAUAACCACGUCUGCCAUAACUACAUGGGGCCAAUGGAGCCUAAGCCCGUUUACCCUCCACCCCAGGUUACCCCGUCCAGGUACUCGCCGGUUCCACGCCACAUGCUCGGAGAAGAAGACUUCACAAGGGAGCCAAGGAAAGUGUUGCUCCACAAAGGCUCCACAGGCCUGGGUUUCAACAUUGUCGGCGGGGAAGACGGCGAGGGCAUCUUUGUCUCCUUCAUCCUGGCAGGAGGGCCGGCCGACCUGAGUGGAGAGCUGAGGAGGGGUGACCGCAUUCUCUCAGUUAAUGGUGUGAACCUAAGGAAUGCUACACAUGAGCAGGCAGCAGCAGCACUGAAGAGAGCAGGACAGACGGUCACCAUCAUCGCUCAGUACAGGCCUGAAGAAUACAGUCGCUUUGAGUCCAAGAUUCACGACCUGCGGGAGCAGAUGAUGAACAGCAGUAUGAGCUCAGGAUCCGGCUCCCUGCGCACCAGUGAGAAACGCUCUCUCUACGUCAGAGCUUUGUUCGACUACGAUCGAACGAGGGACAGCUGCCUGCCCAGCCAAGGCCUGAGCUUCUCGUACGGUGACAUUCUCCAUGUCAUUAAUGCUUCUGACGAUGAGUGGUGGCAGGCCAGGCUGGUCACUCCGCAUGGAGAGAGCGAGCAGAUCGGGGUCAUUCCAAGCAAGAAGAGAGUGGAGAAGAAAGAGCGGGCCAGGUUAAAAACAGUCAAGUUUCACGCCAGGACAGGCAUGAUUGAGUCCAACAGGCCAGUCAAAGUAAAGCGCAAAAAAAGCUUCAACCUCUCACGCAAGUUCCCGUUUUACAAGAGCAAGGAGAAUAUUGUGCAGGAGUUGGUGGAGUCUGAACAAUGCCUGACAUCUAACACAAGUGACAGCGAGAGCAGUUCAAAGGGGCAGGAAGACACAAUUCUUUCCUAUGAGCCAGUCAUUCGACAGGAAAUCCACUACACAAGGCCUGUGAUCAUCCUGGGCCCAAUGAAGGACAGAAUAAAUGAUGACCUCAUCUCAGAGUUUCCUCACAAGUUUGGCUCCUGUGUACCACAUACGACUCGUCCAAGGCGAGAGAACGAGAUGGACGGUCAGGACUAUCACUUUGUGGCCUCAAGAGAGCAGAUGGAGAAAGACAUUCAGGACAAUAAAUUCAUAGAGGCAGGGCAGUUCAACGAGAACCUCUACGGGACGAGCAUCUUGUCCGUCAGAACUGUGGCUGAGAGGGGGAAACACUGCAUCCUGGAUGUUUCUGGAAACGCCAUAAAACGACUGCAGCAAGCACAACUUUAUCCAAUUGCCAUCUUUGUCAAACCAAAAUCCAUUGAAGCCCUGAUGGAGAUGAACAAGAGACAGACGUAUGAACAGGCAAAUAAAAUCUUCGACAAAGCAGUGAAGCUGGAACAGGACUUUGGAGAGUUUUUCACAGCUAUUGUACAGGGCGACUCACUAGAAGAGAUCUACAACAAAAUCAAGCUAAUCAUCGAGGAGCAGUCUGGUCCCUACAUCUGGAUCCCCUCCUCAGAGAAGCUCUGAGCUCCCUGCCGUCCUGCCACUGCGUCGCUGCAGAACUUCCCUCUCGCCUCCCAGAGACCUGUCCUUAACCCAUAUAGGCCCCACCUUCCCCCCGCCCUCAACUCCUUUUUGCAGAUAUGUUUCAUAUCAAAGUUUUAGUGUCAUCAUUAUGUUACUCUCUAAAUGAAAAAGAAGUCUUAUCACCAUUACUGUGACUGUGCACACACACCCCCAUCCCCUGCAUGAGUUUCUCAACAAACCCAUUCAAGACUGGAAACUCCAUUCCAAAGGAAAUUUGUCAAGUGAAUAAAAAAAACAAAAGGGAAAAAGGAAUAAAUCCUUUUGUUGACUGGGACUGACUGAAGAUCAGAAUGUUUUACUACAGACCUGGAGAGAGAGGGGAGUCGCAGGGGAACAAGAGACAAAAUCACUUUGUAAAUGUUCAUCAGAAUCACAUUUAAAAGAGGAUGAACAGGAUGAGAGGUUGAAGACCAACUCACUUUUCUUUUCUCUUUCUAAAAAAGACUGGAUAAAAAUGAGCCCUGCUGACGGUACUGUUGACACAGUCUCUGGUUAAUAGUGACUGAGGACAUGAGAGGAGGAGGAGGAGGAGGAGGAGCCUACAAACUGGUGAUGUAUUCAUCACUAACCAGCUCGCUGUUAGGUCUUUCUGCCAGUUGUCUGUGCUGCAGCUGAUUACAGACAUCUGUGGAGGCAGAUGAAGAGGAAGACAUGUGUUGUGAAUCUCUACAUUUAUAUUAUAAAAGAAAAUCACGAGAUAAAUGAGAAAAAAAAAUCUUACUGAGAUUUUACUACAUAUUAAAAAGAAACUACUCAUUUUACACUUCACUAGAAUUGUCAAUUUGGAGGGCUGUUAGAUUUUCUUUUCUUUUCCUUUAUUUGUGGGAUUUUGUUUUGUUUUGCUCGUGGUUUUUAGCUGCUCUGUGUAAGAGGAUGGGGGUAGAGAGGUGUAACUGGGCUCUCUGCAAAACACCAAACUGCCUUACAUCAAAUACAAAUUCUGUUUUGUGACUACCUGUCAUCUGUGAGGGAGGACACACGCGGUUUAGAAGGAAAAGAGGAAACUCCCCUCGGUUUUUCCUUGACUUUUUUGUGUCCCCAUGCUGCCUGGAGGCCCUGACUCGAGUGCAAUAGAUGAAAUCAAGUGUCAAUCGUGGGCACUUUUUCUCCCCCACCUAUUUCAACCUCUGUUUGCUGUGGAAUUCAAAAGAGAAAUUUGGCCAUUUGAUUACAGUUUGGGCAGCCAGCACCUCCUAGCUCACGUUGAGCAGCAGAUCAGCCUAUUACACUCUCUGCCUUCCAAGUGGACUCUCUUCUGAUUGAAUGGUCACAUGGUACUGUCCUAUCUGCCGCCAUGAUGGUGGCCUUAAAAACGGGUAGAACAAGACAAUAAUUGUAUUGGAUGUCCUAACAAUUAAAGAGUGGAUAUAACCUGUUUUUGGAUUGUCCCCAUGUCCCACUUUCAAAGAAUAACACUAAAGUUGGGUUUGAUUAAACCGUGA